UGACCCUUUUCAUUCGAUUAUUGAUAAUGAUUAGCAUUCUCAGAUUGAGAUGCUACCUUUUUCGCAUUUCACUCUUGUUCCAUCUUUUCUAGCCGUAACACCUUUUUCCGUUCAAAGGUAGUUCAAACUGUGAAUGGAAAAUGAGACUACAGGUGUUGAUUCUACUAACUGUGGUGUUGGCCAACGGUCUAGUGUCGAGUGUCGACCGUCACGGUCAGGAUCCGUUCAACGACGACUUUCUGCGUAGGGUGCUCGCCCGGGCUCGGACCUGGAAACCGGACACAAACUUUCAAUCAAACGUGCACUUUCAUGCCUUCCGGUCGCUGAAGGGCAUCGGAGAAAGCAGAACAGGCUUCAAGGUGCCGAUCAGACGGUACGAGUAUGUCUACGAUGUCGAUAUUCCGGAAUCGUUCGACGCACGAAACCACUGGCCCAACUGCGAAUCGCUGCGUGCCAUCCGCAAUCAAGGCACUUGUGGAUCGUGCUGGGCCGUAGCAGCAGCCAGUGUCAUGUCCGACCGUGUCUGCAUCCAUUCCAACGGAACUAUCAACGUGGCGCUGGCCGCAGAGGACCUCAUGGGCUGUUGUGUGGACUGCGGCAACGGAUGCAAUGGAGGCUUCCUGGACGGAACUAGCUUCCAGUACUGGGUGGAUGCAGGGCUAGUGAGCGGCGGUGCUUACAAUUCCACGGACGGUUGCAAACCAUAUCCGUUCAAGCCGUGCGAAUACCCAUUCAACGACUGCCAUGUGGAGAUUUCGCCCAAGUGCACACACCACUGCCGAGAUGGCGUCGAUCGGCACUAUUCAAAGGACAAGCUAUUCGGCAAGGUGGCAUACAGUGUGCCUCGAGACGAGCGUGCUAUACGGUACGAAAUAAUGACCAAUGGGCCAGUGGAGGCGGGUUUCGAUGUAUAUGAAGAUGUGCUGUUGUACAAGUCCGGAGUGUAUCGCCAUGUGUAUGGUGAACAGAUAGGAAAGCAUGCGGUGCGCAUAAUCGGUUGGGGCAGGGAUGGUGGAAUCCCGUACUGGUUGAUAGCGAACUCGUACGGCGACGAUUGGGGCGACCAUGGUUACUUUAAGUUCGUUCGCGGUUCCAACCACCUGGGAAUUGAGUCGAAGAUCAUUACUGGAUUGCCCUUGAUUUAGUCCAGCGGUUUCCAUAAGACGACCGGUGCUCAAAUGCGAUCCUAGAGAAUGAAUUUUUUUUUUGUUUCAACAUUGGAAAACUGUUCUAACUUGUCGUAUGUUUGUUAUAUUCUGUUCCAACCAACGUUAACCCAUUAGUCUUAUUAGUCUUAUUAGCUGAUUUCAAUGAGCGUUUGUUCUUACUUGCAAUGCGAUCUUAACAGCUUCGAUUGCCAUCAAUCAUUAAAGAGCAACAGGAAGCAUCGGAAACACAUCAAUAAAUGCAGAACAAAAUUUCUUUCUCUUCAAAUUUAAAAAUCCCAUUUUCUAAAACCAUAAAGGCGUACGUAAUUUUACAAAAAGAAA